GGCUACAGCAACACAUAGGGGCCAGGUUAUUUUCAAAGAUGCAUUAGCCCAGCAAUUGUGUGAACAAGGAGCUCCCACAGAGGCCACUACACGCCCACAUCUAGCUGAAAUACACAGUGACAGUAUUAUCCUAAGAGAUGACUUUGACUCCUACCUCCAACCAGAAUUAAAUCCAAAUAUAUGGGUUGAAUGUAACAACUGUGAGACUGGAGAACAGUGUGGUACAAUUAUGCACGGCAAUGCUGUCACCUUCUGUGAGCCAUAUGGUCCCCGAGAAUUGACUACCACUGGCCUAAAUACAACAACAGCUUCUGUCCUCCAGUUUUCCAUUGGGUCAGGUUCAUGUCGCUUUAGUUAUUCUGACCCCAGCAUCAUCGUGUCAUAUGCCAAGAACAAUACUGCUGACUGGAUUCAGCUUGAGAAAAUUAGAGCCCCUUCCAACAUCAGUACAAUCAUCCAUAUCCUCUACCUUCCUGAGGACGCCAAAGGGGAAAAUGUUCAGUUUCAGUGGAAGCAGGAAAAUCUCCGGGUAGGUGAAGUGUACGAAGCCUGCUGGGCCUUGGAUAACAUCCUGAUCAUCAAUUCAGCCCACAGACAAGUCGUUUUAGAAGACAGUCUAGACCCAGUGGACACGGGCAACUGGCUCUUCUUCCCAGGAGCAACAGUCAAGCAUAGCUGUCAGUCAGAUGGAAACUCCAUUUAUUUCCAUGGAAAUGAAGGCAGUGAGUUCAAUUUUGCCACCACCCGGGAUGUAGAUCUUUCUACAGAGGAUAUUCAAGAGCAAUGGUCAGAAGAAUUUGAGAGCCAGCCUACAGGAUGGGACAUCUUAGGAGCUGUCAUUGGUACAGAAUGUGGAACGAUAGAAUCAGGUUUAUCAAUGGUCUUCCUCAAAGAUGGAGAGAGAAAAUUAUGCACUCCAUACAUGGACACUACUGGCUAUGGGAACCUGAGGUUUUACUUCAUUAUGGGAGGAAUAUGUGAUCCUGGAGAUUCUCAUGAAAAUGAUAUCAUCUUGUAUGCAAAGAUUGAAGGAAGAAAAGAGCACAUCGUACUAGACACCCUUUCCUAUUCCUCAUACAAGGUUCCGUCUUUGGUUUCUGUGGUCAUCAAUCCUGAACUUCAGACUCCUGCCACCAAAUUUUGCCUCAGGCAAAAGAACCAUCAAGGACAUAAUAGGAAUGUGUGGGCUGUAGACUUUUUCCAUGUCUUGCCUGUUCUGCCUUCUACAAUGUCUCACAUGAUACAGUUUUCUAUUAAUCUGGGAUGUGGAACACAUCAACCUGGUAACAGUGUCAGCUUAGAGUUUUCUACAAACCAUGGGCGUUCCUGGUCCCUCCUCCACACUGAGUGCUUGCCUGAGAUCUGUGCUGGCCCCCACCUCCCACACAGCACCAUCUACUCUUCAGAAAACUACAGUGGGUGGAACCGAAUAACAAUUCCCCUACCCAAUGCAGCACUAACACGAGACACCAGGAUUCGCUGGAGACAAACGGGACCAAUCCUUGGAAACAUGUGGGCAAUUGAUAAUGUUUACAUUGGUCCGUCGUGUCUCAAAUUCUGUUCUGGCAGAGGACAAUGCACUCGGCAUGGUUGCAAGUGUGACCCUGGAUUUUCUGGCCCAGCUUGUGAGAUGGCAUCCCAGACAUUCCCCAUGUUUAUUUCCGAAAGCUUUGGCAGUUCCAGGCUCUCCUCUUACCAUAACUUUUACUCUAUCCGUGGUGCUGAAGUCAGCUUUGGUUGUGGUGUCUUAGCCAGUGGUAAGGCCCUGGUUUUCAACAAAGAUGGGAGGCGUCAGCUAAUUACAUCCUUCCUGGACAGCUCACAAUCCAGGUUUCUCCAGUUCACAUUGAGGCUGGGGAGCAAGUCUGUUCUGAGCACAUGCAGAGCCCCUGACCAGCCUGGCGAAGGAGUUUUAUUGCAUUAUUCUUAUGAUAAUGGGAUAACUUGGAAACUUCUAGAGCACUAUUCCUAUCUCAACUAUCAUGAGCCCAGAAUAAUUUCUGUGGAGUUACCAGAUGAUGCAAAACAGUUUGGAAUUCAGUUCAGAUGGUGGCAGCCAUAUCAUUCUGCCCAGGGAGAAGAUGUAUGGGCUAUUGAUGAAAUUAUCAUGACAUCUGUUCUAUUCAACAGCAUUAGUCUUGACUUUACCAAUCUUGUGGAGGUCACUCAAUCUCUGGGAUUCUACCUUGGGAAUGUCCAGCCAUACUGUGGCCACGACUGGACACUUUGUUUUACAGGAGAUUCUAAACUUACCUCAAGUAUGCGCUAUGUGGAAACACAGUCAAUGCAGAUAGGAGCCUCCUAUAUGAUUCAGUUCAGCCUGGUGAUGGGAUGUAGCCAGAAAUACACUCCACACAUGGACAACCAGGUGAAGCUGGAGUACUCAACUAACCAUGGCCUUACCUGGCACCUUGUCCAAGAAGAAUGCCUUCCAAGUAUGCCAAGUUGUCAGGAGUUUACAUCAGCAAGUAUUUAUCAUGCCAGUGAAUUCACACAGUGGAGAAGAGUCAUAGUACUUCUUCCCCAGAAAACUUGGUCCAGUGCCACUCGCUUCCGUUGGAGUCAGAGCUAUUACACAGCCCAGGAUGAAUGGGCUUUGGACAGCAUUUACAUUGGGCAGCAGUGCCCCAACAUGUGCAGUGGGCAUGGUUCGUGUGACCACGGCGUGUGCAGGUGUGACCAGAGAUACCAAGGCACUGAGUGCCACCCAGAAACUGCACUUCCUUCCACAAUUAUGUCAGAUUUUGAGAACCAGAACGGUUGGGAAUCUGACUGGCAAGAAGUUAUUGGGGGAGAAAUCGUAAAGCCAGAACAAGGAUGUGGGGUCAUUUCUUCUGGAUCAUCUCUAUAUUUCAGCAAGGCUGGGAAAAGACAGUUGGUGAGCUGGGAUCUGGAUACUUCUUGGGUGGACUUUGUCCAGUUCUACAUCCAAAUAGGUGGAGAGAGUGCUGCGUGCAAUAAGCCAGACAGCAGAGAGGAGGGCAUCCUCCUUCAGUACAGCAACAAUGGGGGCAUCCAGUGGCAUCUCCUGGCAGAGAUGUACUUCUCAGACUUCAGCAAACCCAGAUUUGUCUAUUUGGAGCUUCCAACUGCUGCUAAGACCUCUUGCACCAGGUUCCGCUGGUGGCAGCCCAUGUUCUCAGGGGAGGACUAUGACCAGUGGGCAGUCGAUGACAUCAUCAUUCUGUCAGAAAAGCAGAAGCAGGUUAUCCCAGUGGUCAACCCAACUUUGCCCCAGAACUUCUAUGAGAAGCCAGCUUUUGAUUACCCUAUGAAUCAAAUGAGUGUGUGGUUGACAUUGGCUAAUGAAGGAAUGGUUAAAAAUGAAACCUUCUGUGCUGCCACUCCAUCAGCCAUGGUAUUUGGAAAAUCAGAUGGAGACCGAUUUGCAGUAACUCGAGAUCUGACCCUGAAGCCUGGAUAUGUGCUCCAGUUCAAGAUAAACAUAGGGUGUGCCAGUCAAUUCAGCAGCACUGCCCCAGUUCUUCUUCAGUACUCCCAUGAUGCUGGAAUGUCCUGGUUUCUGGUGAAAGAAGGCUGUUUCCCAGCUUCUGCAGGCAAAGGAUGUGAAGGGAGCUCCAGAGAACUGAGUGAGCCCACCACGUACCAUACAGGAGACUUCGAAGAGUGGACAAGAAUCACCGUUGUUAUUCCUAGGUCUCUCGCAUCCAGCAAGACUAGAUUCCGGUGGAUCCAGGAAAGCAGCUCACAGAAGAACGUGCCUCCGUUUGGUUUGGAUGGAGUGUACAUAUCUGAGCCUUGCCCUAGUUACUGCAAUGGCCACGGGGACUGCAUCUCAGGCGUGUGUUUCUGUGACCUGGGGUACACUGCUGCACAAGGAACCUGUGUGUCAAAUGUACCUAAUCACAGUGAGAUGUUCGAUAGGUUUGAAGGGAAGCUCAGCCCUCUAUGGUACAAGAUAACUGGUGGUCAGGUUGGAAAUGGCUGUGGAACUCUUAGUGAUGGCAAGUCCCUCUACUUCAAUGGCCCUGGGAAAAGGGAGGCAAGGACUGUCCCCCUGGACACCAGAAGUAUUAGACUUGUUCAGUUUUAUAUACAAAUUGGAAGCAAAACUUCAGGUAUUACCUGCAUCAAGCCGAGGGCUAGAAAUGAAGGGCUUGUUGUUCAGUAUUCAAAUGACAAUGGGAUACUCUGGCAUUUGCUUCGAGAAUUGGACUUCCUGUCAUUUCUGGAGCCACAGAUCAUUUCCAUUGACCUGCCACGGGAGGCAAAGACACCUGCCACAGCUUUUCGAUGGUGGCAGCCACAACAUGGGAAGCAUUCAGCCCAGUGGGCUCUGGAUGAUGUCCUUAUAGGAAUGAAUGACAGCUCUCAAACUGGAUUUCAAGACAAAUUUGAUGGCUCUAUAGAUUUGCAAGCCAACUGGUAUCGAAUACAAGGAGGUCAAGUUGAUAUUGACUGUCUCUCUAUGGAUACUGCUCUGAUAUUCACUGAAAAUAUAGGAAAACCUCGUUAUGCUGAGACCUGGGAUUUUCAUGUGUCAGCAUCUACCUUCUUACAGUUUGAAAUGAGCAUGGGUUGCAGCAAGCCCUUCAGCGAGGCCCACAGUGUGCAGCUCCAGUAUUCUCUGAAUAAUGGCAGGGACUGGCAUCUUGUCACUGCAGAGUGUGUUCCUCCUACCAUUGGCUGUCUGCACUACACAGAAAGUUCAAUUUACACCUCAGAACGAUUCCAGAAUUGGAAGCGGAUCACUGUCUACCUUCCACUCUCUACCAAUUCUCCCAGGACCCGGUUCAGAUGGAUUCAAGCCAACUACACUGUGGGAGCUGAUUCCUGGGCUAUUGAUAAUGUUGUACUGGCCUCAGGGUGCCCUUGGAUGUGCUCAGGACGAGGGAUUUGUGAUGCUGGACGCUGUGUAUGUGACCGGGGGUUUGGUGGACCCUACUGUGUUCCUGUUACCCCUCUCCCUUCAAUUCUGAAAGAUGAUUUCAAUGGGAACUUACAUCCUGACCUUUGGCCUGAAGUGUAUGGUGCUGAGAGAGGCAAUCUGAAUGGUGAAACCAUCAAAUCUGGAACGUCUCUCAUUUUUAAAGGGGAAGGACUAAGAAUGCUUAUUUCAAGAGAUCUAGAUUGUUCCAAUACUAUGUAUGUCCAGUUUUCACUUAGGUUUAUAGCAAAAGGUACCCCAGAGAGGUCUCACUCUAUCCUCCUCCAGUUCUCUGUCAAUGGUGGAAUCACGUGGCACCUGAUGGAUGAAUUUUACUUCCCUCAAACGACCAAUAUACUUUUCAUUAAUGUUCCCUUGCCAUUCAAUGCCCAAACCAAUGCGACAAGAUUCAGGCUCUGGCAGCCUUACAAUAAUGGUAAGAAAGAAGAAAUCUGGAUUGUUGAUGACUUCAUUAUUGAUGGAAAUAACUUGAACAACCCUGUGAUGCUCUUGGAUACAUUUGAUUUUGGGCCCAGGGAAGACAACUGGUUUUUCUACCCGGGUGGUAAUAUUGGUCUUUAUUGCCCAUAUUCUUCAAAGGGAGCACCCGAGGAAGAUUCAGCUAUGGUGUUUGUUUCAAAUGAAGUUGGUGAGCAUUCCAUCAGCACCCAUGACCUAAGCGUGAAUGAGAACACCAUCAUACAAUUUGAGAUCAAUGUUGGAUGCUCCACUGACAGCUCAUCUGCUGAUCCAGUCAGACUGGAAUUUUCAAGGGACUUUGGAGCCACCUGGCACCUGCUGCUUCCCCUCUGCUACCACAGCAGCAGCCACGUGAGCUCCUUAUGCUCCACUGAACACCACCCCAGCAGCACCUACUAUGCAGGGACAACCCAGGGCUGGAGGAGGGAGGUCGUGCACUUCGGGAAGCUGCAUCUUUGCGGAUCUGUGCGUUUCAGAUGGUACCAGGGGUUUUACCCUGCUGGCUCUCAGCCAGUCACCUGGGCCAUUGAUAACGUGUACAUUGGUCCCCAAUGUGAAGAGAUGUGUAAUGGACAUGGAAGCUGCAUCAAUGGAACCAGGUGUAUAUGCGAUCCCGGCUACUCAGGUCCAACCUGUAAAAUAAGCACCAAAAAUCCCGAUUUUCUCAAGGAUGACUUUGAAGGUCAACUAGAAUCUGAUAGAUUCUUAUUAAUGAGUGGUGGAAAGCCAUCUAGGAAGUGUGGAAUCCUUUCCAGUGGAAACAACCUUUUUUUCAAUGAAGAUGGCUUACGCAUGUUGAUGACACGAGACCUGGAUUUGUCACAUGCUAGAUUCGUGCAGUUCUUCAUGAGACUGGGAUGUGGUAAAGGUGUUCCAGACCCCAGGAGCCAGCCUGUGCUUCUACAGUAUUCUCUCAAUGGUGGCCUCUCCUGGAGUCUUCUUCAAGAGUUCCUUUUCAGCAACUCCAGCAAUGUGGGCAGGUACAUUGCCCUGGAGAUACCCUUGAAAGCCCGUUCCGUUUCUACUCGCCUGCGCUGGUGGCAGCCAUCUGAAAAUGGGCACUUCUACAGCCCUUGGGUUAUCGACCAGAUACUUAUUGGAGGAAAUAUUUCUGGUAAUGCAGUCUUGGAAGAUGAUUUUACAACUCUGGAUAGUAGAAAGUGGCUGCUUCACCCAGGAGGCACGAAGAUGCCUGUGUGUGGCUCUACUGGAGAUGCCCUGGUCUUCAUUGAGAAGGCCAGCACUCGUUAUGUGGUCAACGACAUUGCUGUGAAUGAGGACUCUUUCCUACAGAGAUUUGCUGCCUCCUGCUCAGUCUCAGACUCUUGCUAUG